AUGAAGAGUGACCCGAAGUGGUCUGCCAUUGAGUCCACGCUCAUCCGGUGUUUCUACCUCACCAUCUCGAAGGACAUCUUCCACACGAUCAUCGCCGAGGACGACGAUGCUUGCACCGUGUGGAACGAGAUCAACGUGCUCUUCACCGAUAACAAACUUCAGCUCCUUGUUUUCUUGCAGCAAGAGUUCUUCGAGUGCCAUCAAGAUGGCUCCAACAUUGACGAAUAUUGCAUGCGCCUCAAGAUGCUCGCCGAUGAACUCCAUGACAUUGGUGCGAAAAUCUCCGGCGAGCUCAUGCUUAGCACUCUCAUUGUCAGCCUCAAUGAGGAUUUCGGCAACGCCGCUUCUAAUCUUACCAUGUUGCUACAGCCCACUUUUCAGAUCAUCAUCGCAUACUUGAAGUUGGAGGAACGACGGAUGCAAAAAGUGUGCCGCGGGUACUUCUCGCGGCGGACCCACGUCGUCGGUACCCCUACCACCUUAGUCGCGGCCCCCAUCACCGCCGAGCUUCUUCCCUCUGCCCCCCGCGCCUCCUGCACUCCCCUCGCAACAGCAACAGAACAACGGGGGCUGAUGCAACCAGCGCGGCGGGGGCAGCCGCCCUCGGCAGCAGCAACAGCAGGGUUCCGAGGGGGCGCCACGCCAACAGCAUCCCUCCCUGCCCUAGAUGGUCGGCCAGAACCCUUGGAUGGGUGUGGACGCCCGUACACGGAUGGUUCUCCACCAAUGCGAUAG